AUGAGAUUGGAAAAAAUAAUAGAAGAAGGAUCUGAUAUAUGUUCAACAACACGAAAAAGUAUCAAAAAGAAAUUAUCAACAAAUUCUACAGUAACUCCUUCUUCAAAAUGUUGUGUUAUAGCUGAAGUUGAGAGUGGAACUUCAACAUCGACUUCGGAAAUUUUAGAUGUUGGAAAAGCUGUUUGGAAUCGAAGUUUGAAUCAGAAAAAAGCUGAACAUGAACAUGAUUUGCAACAAGCUAGAAUUGUAAGUUAUAAGAAAUUCGAAAAAACUAUUUAAUAUAAUUAUUUGAACAGGCAGUUGGAAGUUCAUUUGUUGAACAUCAUCUUGAAGUUGAACAAUUAAAAGAUGUCUAUCCAGAUACUUAUAUUUUUGCACAAUGUGCUGAAAGAAGUGAUGGAUUACAUUCAGAAGAAGCGCGAAAACGAUUAAAAGAUGGUGGUUUAAAUCAAAUUGAUCCACCAAGAGAACCUAGUUUAUUUCGAUUUUUCAUUCAACAAUUUCAUUUCAAAUUUUGGAUUCUUUUAAUAUCAGCUUCAUUUUUGUCAAUAAUCACAUAUUUUGUGCAUAUGUCAAGAGGAUCAAAUGAGCCAUUAAAUAUGUAUUGUGCAAUUAUUUUAAUUGCUGUUGUUAUGUUUAUGUGCGUUUUAUCAUAUUGGCAACAAUCAAAAGCUAAAAAAGUUCUACAAAAGAAUCGAUUGAUGAUGCCAGCAAUGGCUUGUGUUAUUCGAGAUUGUACUGAACAAGAAAUAAAAGCGGAAGAAGUUGUUGUUGGUGAUUUGGUUUAUCUUCGAGCUGGUUAUAAAGUUCCAGCUGAUAUGAGAAUUCUUCAAUCAAAUGGUUUAUUAAUUGGAAGUAGUGAAGUAACUGGACAUAAAGAAUCAAGAGAAUAUAAUUCGGAUGCUGUUCCACAAGAUGUUUCUGUAUUUGAUGCUUGUAAUGUUGUAUUUAUGGGUUCGUAUUGUACAGAAGGUGAAGGUAUUGGAUUAGUUAUUCGAACUGGUAAAUUUACUGUUAUGGGAGCAAUUGCUAGUUUACAUCAUCAUAUACCUCCGCCAAAUGGUCGAUUACACGAUGAAUUACAUAGUUUUUCAACAUUUAUUACAAUUGUUGCAAUUACAAUGGCUACAGCUGUAUUUUUUGUUGGAUGUAUUGUUGCAAGAUUUGAAAAUAUAUUGGAUCAUUUUAUCGUUGGAUUUGUUGUUAUAAUUGUUGCAAAUGUUCCACAAGGUCUUCCAGCUACAGUAAUGUCACAAUUAAGAAUAAUUGCAAGAAGAAUGGCACAAAAGAAUAUAUUAAUUAAAAGAUUAGAAUUAAUUGAUGAACUUGGUGCUGCAACAGUUAUUUGCGCUGAUAAAUCAGGAACAUUAACAAUGAAUAAGAUGGUUGUAACGGAUUUAUGGUUUAAUGGAAGAUUGGUAACUGGAGCUGCUAUUGAUUUGAAACAUCCACAUUUGAGAGCAAUGAAAAGUUCGAUGAAAUCAGCUGAAAGAUUGGAAGAUCCAUUACCUGAUAUUCUAACUGUUAUGUCUGUUUGUAAUAGUGCACAAUUUGAACAUGUUCGAAGAGCAAUGAGAAGAGUUUCAACAAUGAGAGCUAUGCAAAAAAGUGCAUCUGAAGCUAUGUUAAGUGCUAAUAUGAAGAAAAAGUUUACUAUUGUGUGAGUUUCCAAAACAAAAAUAUCUUGAACAAUAUUAAAAUUUUAGUGAUACUCGAACUGGUCAAAUAUCAGAAGCUGGAGGUCUUCCAAAAGAACAUUCAAGUCCAGUUUCAUUGAGCGCAGUUGAUGAUAAAAGUCGAAAAAAAUCAAGAAAAAGUGAUAUAUUUGGAGUUCCUUCAGAUGUUGCUCUUGUUCAAUAUGUUGAAUUGAAUGCAAGUGUUGAAGGAAUUCGACAAAGAUAUCAAAAUAUAUUUGAAAUUCCAUUCAAUUCGUCAAGAAGAUGUCAAAUUGUUGUCUCAAAAUGUUUAACAAAUGAUUUGCCAUUCACAGUUCAGCCAAUUCCGCUACCAAGUGAAGUAAGAUUUAUACUUUUUCAAUUUAGAAUUUGAGAAAAAAACAUACUUUCAGAACGAAGCUCGAUUUGUUGUUUUCGCAAAAGGCGCACCCGAAGUAAUUCUUGGAAAAUGUUCAAAAGUUCGACAUGGAAAAGAACUUCGAGAUAUUGAUGAAACUUAUCGAAAAGAAUGUCAAGCUGCUUGGGAAAUGUUAGGAAAUGAAGGAAGACGAGUUAUUGCAUUUGCACAAAGACAUUUUAAUGCAGAUGAGAAUCAUAGAAUUUGUAAUCAAACAAAAGAUUCAUAUCCACAAGACUUGGUAUUUUUAGGAAUGGCUGCAAUUAUGGAUCCACCAAGGUAUGACGUUUUUAUAUUCAUUUGAUUAGGCGCAGGCUUCAAGACUGCGCCUAUUUGGGCUUAGCUACUUAAACAAAUGUCCUUUUAAAAUAGAAAGCUUAAAGCAAAAUGUGUUCGAAAACACAAAUAAAAAAACGAUGCAAAACAAUGAAUAGCGCGCGCAUUCGUUACACACACACAGUAACUAUAGCACAACGCACAACCAGCCAUGUGUCGCGACACACAAACAUUGAAAUAGUGUGUGAAACACAGUCGAUUUGGUUUUAACCCAGUUAACCAAGGUAAUUUGGUGUUUUGACCUUUCGAAAGAAAGUGUUGAAAAACAACUGCAAUUUUUGGAUCCAGCUUCUUCGGGGUAUCCGGAGGGGCGAUUAAUUUGAAAAAAGUAUUCAAUGCAAAAAGUUGUUGAAAUUUCUUACAAUAAUGUUUUUCAGAAGAUUUUUCGCGUGAUCGCGUGAUCUAUUCUUCUGAAGCCCAUAGAUAAAUUUUCGAGAAACCAUCCCAAGCCUAAAGCUCACCUUGGUGACAACCGCUUCAUACAUAAUUCUCCUUAAAUUUCUUCCAAGUUUCCACUUUGAUGAAGCUGGCACAUUCGAUAGAAAUAAGAUUUUAAAAAUAAAUGAACAACAUAAAAAAGAAACCUCGUGGCACUCUCGUUCACGUUAUUAUUUUUUGUGGGGGAAUAAAAUACCUUGUAUUAUUGAAUUAAAAACACGUGAGAAAUAAAAAACUAGGUCAAAUGAUGUGGAUUUAAAAACAGUAUAGGUAGCCAUGUCGUCAAUUGCGAUGCGGUUCUGCGCUGCGUGUUGAUCUCGAUAUUUUCCAUUGAAUUUGCCAAAUUUUCAUUUCUAAAAACGUGUCGCUCACACGCAUCGCAACUGACGACAUGGCUACCUAUACUGUUUUUGAAUCCACGUCACUUGACCUAGUUUUUUAUUUCUCACGUAUUUUUAAUUCAAUAAUAUCCGUUUAUUUCUACAGUACUAACUCCCUAUUUUUUGAAGACCUGAAACCGCUGCCGCCAUUGAACAAUGCAAACAAGCUGGUGUAAAAGUAUUUAUGAUAACUGGAGAUCAUCCAACAACAGCAACUGCAAUGGCAAGACAAAUUGGAUUAAUCGGAGCAAAUAAGGUUAAUAUGAAGAGAAUUUUCGAAAAAUUAUUAAUUUAUGGGUUUUCAGGAUAAUCGAGAAAAGAAUUCAUGGACAGUGGUUACUGGAGAUCAAUUGAAUGCUUUCAAAUUACAAGAUUGGGAUCAAUUAUUGAAACAUAAAAAUGUUGUUUUUGCAAGGUUAUUUGAAAUUUCGAUCAAGAAAAAUCUGAAAUGAACGUUUUUUUCAGAACAAACGCUGAACAAAAGUUGGAAAUAGUUCAAGAACUACAAAAACGUGGAGAAACUGUAGCUGUAACUGGCGGAGGAGUUGAUGAUGCACCAGCUUUGGCUCACGCAAAUGUUGGAAUUGCAAUGGGACAAUCAGGAAGUGAUAUUGCAAAACAAACAUCAGAUAUUGUAUUACUUGAUGAUAAUUUUGCAUCAAUUGUAAUGGGAAUUGAAGAAGGAAGACUUCUUUUUGACAAUCUUCGCCUUUCUUUAGCCUAUACAUUUGCACAUUUAUGGCCAGAAGUAUUUCCAAUAAUGUUAUCAUUUAUGCUUGGUUUACCACAUGGUUUAUCUCCUCUUCAAAUUCUUUCAGUUGAUUUAGCAUCUGAAAUGCCUCCAGCAAUUAGUUUAGCUUAUGAACAACCAGAAAAUGAUAUAAUGCAAACACCUCCAAGAUCAAGAACAGCUCGAUUAUUAUCAAAAAGUUUAUUAGUUUAUUCAUAUAUUUUGGCUGGUUUUGGAAUUACAAUUGGAUGUAUUGCAGCAUAUUUGAGUGUUUAUUGUUAUCAUAAUAUUCCAAUUUCUGAUAUUUUAUUUACUGCUGAACAUCAUUGGAAAGUUGGAGCUAGAAAUUUUACAACAAGUCAAGGCGAUGUUUUUGAUGAACAACAACAAAUUAUUAUAAAAGGACAAGCAGCUGCAGCUUGGCAAAUUACACUUGUUAUGUCACAGGUAAUUCACUAAAGAAUAUAUCACUUAAUUAAAAAAAAUAGUUGGGCACAUUUUUAAUCUAAACAUAUACAGUACCCCAGUGCCACGCCGCAAAAAAAUUGUAAAAAUAUGGGAAAAUUUUUUAUAUUAUUUACAUCAGCAAAAAAUCCACAUGGAUUCGAGCUACAGUAAUUUGAAUAUAGGAGAUUCCACGUGGCAGACUUCUAAAAACGGUUAUCUACAGUAUUCAAUCUAGAUUUAGGAUUGCCACGUGGAAAAUUUAAUUAGACUGUUUUUGCCAUAAGCAAAUUAAAAAAAUGUGAAAAUCUAAAUCAACAAUGAUUUUUAAAGGUAUUCCAUCUUUAUAAUUGCACAACUCGUCGUGUAUCAGUAUUUCGACAUGGUUUAACAAAUAUUGUUAGUAUUUUCGCUGUCUUAAUCGAGGUAUGAUCUUUAAUUAUUUCGCAAUUUAUCUCAACUUCGUAUUUUUCCAGGUUCUCUUAUUAUUCAUGUUUGUUUAUACUCCAGUUUUCCAAUAUAUAAUGGAUAUUCAUACUCCACCAGCUCAUGUUUGGGCAAUUGCUCCAAUUGUUGGCCUUUAUCUACUUGCAUUUAAUGAAAUGCGCAAAUAUUUUAUUCGAAACUUUCCCAAAAACAAAUUGGUCCGUUUAAUAAAAUGGUAG